AUGCAAGAAUAUGCAAUUCAGCAUAAUUACCAGAAUUGUAAAAACUGGGUGGAUGGAUAUUCCUGCUAUAAAUAUAAAUUGUAUGACAUAGAUAAAGAAAAUAAUCAGUGCAUUUCUGGAUUCAAUAUAGCUGAUUGUGAUGGUCUGGAAGCUCCUAAAAAAAUUGAAGUGUAUUCGAGUGAAGAAAAUAGCAUAUCAUUGAGAUGGAAAAAGUCUAACUCAGCCAAAGAAACUUUUGAUUAUUACUUGAUCACUGUUCGUGAUAUAUAUUCAAUUCCGUUCAAUUAUGAACAUAGAGCAAAUAUAUCAAAUGCAAGCUGCACUAUAUGGGAAGGAUAUUUGUGCUAUACAGUUUCUAGUUUAACUCAUAGCAAAAUGUACAUAAUCUCAAUACAUGGCGUUGAUGUGAACAAUCAAAAUGGACUGUUGACAACGGCAUCAGCAAAAACAAAUCAAUUCUAUUCAUCGGCCCCUUUAGAUCUGCGGGUAGAUAAGUCAAAUAAUCUUCUAAUUCAAUGGCGUCAUCCAUGGAAGCCUGGUGGAAAGAUUCAAUACUUUUGUAUUGAAUACAAUAUUUAUUUCACGGAGCUCACCAAUAUCAAUGAUACACACAAAACGCGGUAUAAUUAUAUAAUACAAGAAGAUAAGAAGGAUUAUACAUACAUGCUUUCUGGAUUACUAAGUGCUAGUACUUAUCUGGUGAUCGUAACACCAUACAAUCAACUUCGAGGAAAAAGUUCUCAAGUUUUUAUUACUACCGACUUUAGUGCACCCGAAGUAGAUGGGCUGAUAAUAAUCACCAAACAAAAUAAUCAGACAUUCAUAACUAUACCAUCAUCAAGCCAAAAUAUCACUAAAAAAAGUGGAAUUUUUGUGAUCAUUUCUGAACCAAAACCAAAGCAUUUAUACAAAGAAAAGGCUGAUGCAUUCUCAAAAUUAAAAGAAAACUUUGGGAGCCUUACAUCAAAUCUAAUUUUCCAAGACUCAACUUCGUGGAUAGCGAAACAUAUUACACCGAUUCCGAGUUCGAACAGUACUGAAAUGAUUGGGACAAAUUCAACAGAAGCGGAAUUUUGGGAUAUAGAACUAGCACCAGAUUCAAAAUUCAUUGUAACUUUGGCCUAUUACAAUGAAGAUAGUGUCAAUGAUGAUGAUGAUUGGAUGGCAAAUAGUCUUAAUUACUUGUGGUUAUUGGUUCUGUUAGUGCUGCCACUUAUUAUGUAUCUGCUGUACAAAAAGUGUUAUAAAAAUUUAAAAGCAAUGGCUUCAAAAGAUGCUAUGCCGAGUGAAUUGGUUAUGCUAAACGAUAUUCCAAAUAAUGAAAAGAUAUUGAACGAAUACGUUUCUGAUGGUUAUCCAGAGCAUAAAAAGCCUCCGUCAGUUUUAUCCGAAUAUAACAAAAUUAAAAAUAUCGAUAAUCCAGUGGCAAAACACAUCAUCAAACAUUCAACUAAGUUGUCAAGAUCUGUAGAUGUAAAUGAGUUUGAACUCUAUGUGAGAAAUUCGAUUUUCAACAGAAAAUUGGAAAAUCAAUACAAGGCCUUUAAAAGUGGAAUGCAGAAACCAUAUUUCUAUGGACUACAAGAAGAAAAUACAAUCAAAAAUCGGUAUUUAAAUCUAAUUGCUUAUGAUAGCACAAGAGUUAUUUUAGAUGCGUUGCCAAACGAAAAAUACUCUGAUUAUAUAAAUGCAAACUACAUUGACGGUUUUUUACGUUCAAAAGAGUAUAUUGCAACACAAGGUCCAAAAAGAGAAACAGUCAACGAUUUUUGGAGAAUGGUCUGGCAAGAAAAAGUUUCUACUAUUUGCAUGUUGACUAACAUCAUAGAAUCAAACAAAGAAAAAUGUUACCAAUAUUGGCCGAAACAACAAGGUGUUAAAGAAACUUAUGGAGAUGUCACAGUCCAACACAUUACUUCCCAAAUUUAUGCAGAUUUUGUUUUUAGAACACUACAAAUAAGUAAGGGCACGACAAGCUAUCUUCUGCAACACCUGCAUUUUACAUCUUGGCCUGACCAUGAUGUUCCCAUGUAUCCAGAAACUCUGGUUCCUUAUAUGAAAAAAAUGCAGAGCCUUCAAUCUGAUCAAGCACCCACAAUUGUUCAUUGCAGUGCUGGUGUAGGCAGAAGUGGUACAAUCAUUCUCUCUGAUAUGUGUAUCAAAAUGGCGCUAUCAACUGGCCAAAUUGAUGUCCUUCACAAUCUGCACAAAAUUAGAGAACAAAGGGCCAACUUGGUGGACAACACUAAUCAAUUCAAAAUAGUUCAUAUGCUUGUUUUGGAAUGCUUAUUUGGAGAGUCUACAAGUAUUCCAUGUGAACAUUUGCUAAAAACUGUAGCCGAAAUGAAAAGUCGUAAUGAAAUGUUCAAAAUGUGGAAAAAAAUAGACGAUGUCGCAUGGAAAGAUGACUUCGUUAAAGGAAUAGACAGUGAACCAUCUCAAGAAGAUAUUGCGAGAAAAGAGAAUAGAAAUAAAAUUGUGCCAGGAAGACGAGGUCGUGUAUUUUUGUCAAGAUUUCCAUUGACAAAAGCAGAUUCGGAUUAUAUAAAUGCAAUAUUUGUAGAUGGAUUUCAAACAAAACGUCAAUUUAUCGUUACGCAUUUUCCUUUACAUCAUACAGUUGCUGAUUUCUGGAGAAUGAUCUCUGAUCAAAAUAUAUCUCUGGUCGGAAUACUCAAUGAAAUAAAUACAAAUGAUAAGACUGUUCCACUGUUUAUUCCAAAUAAGAUCAACAAAGUUAUACGUCCAAUUCCAGAGCUGACAAUCCGAUAUAAAAGCAAUUAUGAGACAGAGUAUUGUUUAAUAUACACUAUAGACAUGGAAGACAAAACAAAGAGCAAAGAAGUCAAAAGAUCUAUCAAUAUUGUACAAAUAAAGAGGUGGAAUCCAAAUAUUGUUCUUCCAACUGAUCCUGAUGAUUGUCUACUCAUAUUUUGGGAGCAAUUACAAAAAAUUAACCAAAAGCAGUCACCGAUUCUUCUAACUUGCUACGAUGGAUCUACAGCAUGCGGACUGUUUACUGCAAUAACUUUUGUAGUAGAAAAAAUGAAGUUAGAGCAAAGCUGUGAUGUUCCUUUAGCCAUCCAAACUAUCAGGAGACAUAGAAAGGAAUUUCUAAGAAGUCAGGUUCAAUAUGAAUAUAUUUAUGACGUGGCCUUGCGGUUUCUAGAAGAUUUUGAGUUAUAUUCAAAUUUUCACUAA